AUGGAUCCGGAAAGCGCAAUAUUCCAACCUGGUGACGAUUUCUGGCGCCUGCAAAGCGAAAUGCUCCGCGUUCAACAAGGUCAAGCGGAACUCGCCGACCGUGUCUCGCGGCUGGAACGGAGGCACGAUGAAGAUUCACGACUGAAAAACGUCUGGGGAACUUCUUCGCCGUUUCCUUCCCUUUUGGGAAGUACACCACAGCAAGUUCCUUUGCCACAACCUGCUGGAGACGAGUUCUCCAACUUUGAUGGCCAGUCGAGCAACCUCAUUGGUAAUUUGCAGUUGGAUGCCGAGGAUGAGUUGCCUCGCCGCAUUGGAACUACGUCUCGAGCGAAUAGUGUGCGCUUUGAUGAGACAGCCGACCAUGGUCAUUGGGCACACGCCUCGCGCUCAUCCCUAGACCUCAUCCCUCGCACAGGAAGCGGCCUCGGCGGCCACUCGAUGAGCGAGCGGAGCUAUUCACACAAAUCCGACGGGAGGCAGAGCUCAGCAGGCCAAUCAGUACACUCGGCAACGUCGGGUCGGGCAAACAGUCUCACGGGUUACGGGGCCAACAGCUCAGCAGACCCUCCCGGAAUUGCGCCAGGCCUGUUCAUUCUGGGCCCCGUCCCUGCGAUCAUGCGCUGCUGGCUCAGCACCAACUUCAAGCAUGACACACUGCUCUACGCCGCUGUAUGUAGCGGAUCCUACGCCUCAUGCCUCGACGUGCGGCUCCUCGAUCAUCUUGGUUUUCGAGACCGCAUCACAGAAGCAGAAAAGGGGAGCCGUGUCAUCAAACUCCCUGUAUACCUUCCCGAGGCCAUCUCUCUGAGCGCAUCUUCGGGGUCGAAUAGCCCGGCCCCUCAACUUCCAUUCAUCAACGUCGAGUUUAGGAUUGCAGAGGUACCACAGGGGGACGUGGAACGGAAAGGGAUCCAGAUCUUCCUAGGCAGCGACGUGCUCCGGCAGCAUAACGCCGACAUACUCUUUUCUUCGAACCAAUUGACAUUGUAUGAUGAGGACGGUAAUAAGCUCAAGAUUCCGCUUGUUCGACCAGAAAAUGAGGGCACUUUCAAGUCUCUGAUAACCACUAGUGCAGAUUGGUUCUCUACUCCGGACAAAGCGCCGGGCGAGCCUGAGACAAGUGCAGCUCGGCAAGAUUCCGAGGAGCAGGCCGUUGACAGGAGCUCCGCGACCCCGGAGGCGAAGCCGGAUGGAGGCUCUGCGGCAGCUGCUCGAAAAGAUGAAGCGGCAGAGGGCAGGAUUGCCGGCCAACGUCCUUUACUCGGUCUCUCUAUGCGGAUUGACGCUGCAGAGGGGGCGACGGAGUCCAGUCCAAUGAGUGCGGCACCGCACUCGGGAACGUCACCGGCCAUCUGGAGCAAUUGGCGACGUGACACGGAGAAGGCCAGCACGCAGCAAGAUUGGGGGAAUGCAGCGAAGGACAGCAACACGACCUACCAGCGACGGGAUGCGGGUAUCAAGGUGCUGAAACCCACCAGACUUGUCUCGCGGACUGUGUCGAGCGGACCUAGCACAUCGCCUUCGCCUAGUACGGCGCACGGCACGUCACGGUUCUUUGACGAUGGCAAACGUAGGAUGAGUAUCGGAGCGAACAAGGGGAAGGACAAGGGGCAAACCCCGACGUUGACGAGAGCACGGUCGACCAACCCGGUGGGAGGGGCGUCUGCAUUCUCGUGGAUGAAUAGUACUGCGGGCACAAAGCGCCGCGCCAUAGAUUCUCGCUUGUCUGUGUCCGCAGGCUUGCACCAGGCCGCAAACCUCUCUUUGGUACGCCUCUCCGCCUCCGCGGGUUGCCCAUGUCCGUUACUGCUGCUGCUUCGAUCCCUCCCUCCUGCCUCCCUCCCUUCCGCCUCUCGUGAAGCCCGUCGUUCGCUCGUCGUCACGCCUUUUGCACCAGAGUCAGUUAUUGCAACAAACCUACCUGCACUUGGAGCUGCUCCAGCUCCAAGCGUCACCACGGCCUCCACAAAGAAGCGGAAGAUUGCAGGCUCUGGCCCUUCACCCGACGUCUCCCAAGCCAACUCCCUCGCCCCUCAUACCCUGAAUGAUCGCUCCAGCACGCCGCUAAAGUCACCUCGCUCCUCCCCUCUUGCACCCUCCGCUGGCCUUCGCUCCUCGCCUUCUCCACCCCGAUACAUCCCGCGACACAUGCACGACGAGGUCUUUGAAGCGUCCGCUGCAGACGACUCCGCCUCUCCCUCGAGAGACAUCGCCAACAGCGCAGCCAGCUCACCGACUGAGGCCUACGCACACCUUACUCUCGACAGUCGCGAAUCGAGCAACACCAUGACUGCAGAUUCUGACAACUCUGUUCCCAACUCAACCCAGUCAACCCAGCCUGCCCCAAGGCCUCCACCACGCUCGUCAUCUCCUGCAAAGCGGCUGCACUCGGACCUGGACGAUGCGGCAAACGACGACGCAGACACACAAACCGCCCGUCUUUCCACUAGCCAGUCAAGCCCGCGAGCUACGAAGCCUUUGCCUACCGCCUCGCAACGGAGUGCUCGUGCCACUUCGGUGGAAAUGGUCGAUGCUCCUACACCAAGCAUACCGGGGAACAACUUAGACACAGAGUCUUCAUCGCAUGUACCCAGUCUCGACGAACAGGUGGCCAAGGUGCUGGCUAUACACCAGCGGCCAUUGUCAGAUGGUCAAGAAGGCUUCGUGGUGUCGGAAAAGUGGCUUGCUCGAGUCUUCUCCAGGACUACGGAAAAUCGGGUCAGACCUGGACAAUUCGACAAGGAGGCAACCGAGGGCGAGAUUGGACCCGUCGAUAACUCCGACUUGGUAGACACCAGCAUCUCGUCCGCGUCCUUAUUGACUGCGAAUGGCGAACCAUUCGUCCCCUUGCGACCUGGUCUCAGCCUUUCGCACGACUUUGAGGUCCUGCCGAGCGAUGCUUGGGAGCUCAUCAUAAGCUGGUACGGCCUCAAGGAAGGCUCCCCUGUCAUUCGGCGAUUAGUACACAACACCACAGGUGAUGCGCUGGCACAGAACCUUCAAUAUGAACUCUACCCCCCUAUCUUUACCAUCCGCAAAGCCCAGAAGAAGGAAGACGGAUUGGACUUGUCCAAGCCGAGCCCGAAAUUGGUCGCAAGUCGAAGCUAUCCCUAUGUGCAAUUCCUUAAAGUUGCCAAGACAGCGGCUGGUAUCGAUAUGAAAACCAAAGUUCGCGUAUGGCGAGUCCUCAGUUCUACGCGAAUCGAUCAAUCAUUCACGCAGCCGCCUGGCAUACUGACCCCGGACGCGUCCCCACGUCCAGGUUCUCCCGUUUCUGCAACACGCAACGCUUCUGUGCCUUUGAUAGUGAGUAUGGACGACUUUCUGGCUUUGGCCGACGGCGCAGAGCGUGAGCAAGUGACUGGAAAAGACGAGACAGCAAAUGAGAAGUACAACGGCCACUCGUCUCUUCAUAUUGUUGGCUUGGCUGAGGAUCAAGUCCUUAUUCUUGAGGAAGAAGACGAGAAGGGCCAUUAUCGUACAGAGACCUCCGGCAAGGGUGCUGCCAAAUCUGACAGCCAACUCUCCAUUAAGGCUAGUGGCAAGGUGUCUAAGAGCACGCAAAGCGCCGCAAAUAGCGGGAGGAAUUCCCCCACCACAUCGGGCCCGAUGACGCGCGGGCGGACGCGCACCGGUCGUACUCGCGGGACCGUUGGCUUGACCAACUUGGGUAACACCUGUUACAUGAACUCUGCUCUGCAAUGCAUCCGAAGUGUCGAGGAGUUGUCCUUGUAUUUUCUCAUGCAAAAGUACAAGGACGACCUGAAUCCUGAUAAUCCGCUUGGCCAUGGCGGCUCUAUUGCCAGAUCAUACGCCACCUUGCUCGAAUCCGUCUAUAAUGUCGACGGUAAUUCCUCUUUCAGCCCAAAAGCUUUCAAGCAUGCCCUCGGGAGAGCACAGCCUUUAUUCUCCGGAUAUGGUCAGCAGGACUCGCAGGAAUUUCUCAGUUUCCUGGUUGACGGCCUGCACGAGGAUCUCAACCGGAUCAAGAAGAAGCCGUACAUUGAGUAUCCGGAAUCCGACGACCAGACCGUGAAAGACCCGGCCGCAAUCGAGGCUUUGGGGCAGAAGUUCCGGGAGAUACAUCAUGCUCGCAACGACUCAGUGGCUAUGGAUCUUUUCAACGGGUUCUACAAGAACACGAUGGUCUGUCCCGAGUGUGAGAAGGUUAGCAUUACUUUCGACCCCUAUAGCCUCUUGACUUUGCAGCUCCCGAUCGAGCAGACGUGGCAGCACACCAUCACGUUUGUCCCCAGACAGGGAUCGAUGAUCAAUGUUGAUGUCGAUAUUGACAAACAUGCGAGUAUCAAGCAUCUCAAGGAGUAUAUAGCAAGGCGUUUUGAAGGCGUACAUUGGAACCGGUUGAUGGGCGCCGAAGUCUACAGCCACAAGUUUUUCCGGAUUCUGGAAGAUGACAAGGCCAUAUCGGAAUACAAUUUCGGAGUGCGCGAUAUUCUUUAUUUCUAUGAACUGGACGCUGCACCGACGAACUGGCCGCCACGUAAGAAGAAGAAGCAGGCAUACCGAUCGUCCUUUAUGAACCAUGGCUCAUCUGACGAAGACAUUCCCCAAUCUCCGUCACCCCUUUCGGACAGGAUGGUCGUGCCAAUUUUCCAUAGGACUCCUGUCAGGUCCAACAACUAUCGCGCCCACCACAACUGGCAAAUGACGCUGUGGCCGUCAUUCAUCAUGGUGACCCGCGAGGAAGCGAUGGACUACGAUGCCAUACUGAAGAAAGUCCUUGCAAAGGUCGCGCAAAUGACAACGCGGCCUAUUCUUACCGAAUUCACAAGCGGCGAUCAGUCCCCAUCUAGCUCCGACAUCGUGCUGACCACAGCGGAAGACGCCUCGCCUAAUGCUGACCCUCGCGUUCAGGAUGGGUCUGUUGAAGGUGAGGAGAACAUGGUUGAGGUUACGAUGGCGGAUGCAAACAACACCUCGCCGAGUGAACCAUCACCGGAUGACAUGCCCGAAGUCCUCCGACCUGGCACUUUUAUUCCACCCGCAUUCAGAGCACUCUUCGAAAUGAAGUACGGCAACCCGGGCGGCGGAAUAGUGCCUACCGGCUGGGGCGACGAUAUACAUAGAAGGAACUACGAAUCGUUGACGAGCCGCGUCCCCGUUCCCGCUUCUCCGCAGCCAUCUGAUGCCUCAGAUGCGAAUGGUAACAGCAAUACCAGCUCCGGCGAUGAGCUCGAUGAUGUUCCACAAUUCUCCAAUGUGGCCGAACAAGAGAAUCAGAGCAGCGAGGAUGAGAUCCCAUCCAUCGAGCCUCCAGAGCAUUUUGCCCGCAGUGGUCGGCAAAAUAGCAGGAAGAACAGGCGGAAGAACAUGAAGUUCCAGAAGAAACAGCAGCAGCAUGCUUACUCCAAAAAGGGCAAGAACCGGUUCAAGGAGCAGCCUUCACAAUCCUUCUCUGAUGUGGAGACGGAUGAGACCGCUGCCAUCAUCCGGCUGGGAGAAGCCAUCAUCUUGGACUGGAGACAUGAGGGGCAUGAGGCGCUUUUUGAAGGCAGCAUGGACGAGCAAGACCUGCGUGGGGUGGAAACAACUAGAGUCCUUGAGACGUUGAAAGACCCAGAACUUGAUGAAAAGCGAAACCGGCGGGCUAUGCGGAGGAAAAAUGGCAUCACUCUGAAAGAGUGCUUCGCGGAGACUUCCAAAAGCGAGAUUCUAUCCGAGGACAAUGCAUGGUACUGUAACCGCUGCAAAGAGCGGCGUCGUGCCUCCAAGACCCUCGAGAUAUGGACUGCGCCCGACAUUCUAGUGGUCCACCUGAAGCGCUUCAGUGCAGUCCGGAAUUUCCGGGAUAAGAUCGAGGCAUUUGUAGACUGCCCGCUUGAAGGGCUAGACUUGACGGGUAAGGUCGGGCUGCCGGAAGACAAGAGCCUACUCUACGAUCUUUUCGCGGUCGACAACCACUACGGCGGCCUGGGAGGUGGCCAUUAUACCGCAUGUGCACGCAACUUCUUCGAUGGAAAGUGGUAUGACUACAAUGACUCUAUCGUCUCGCCCAAGAACCCUAACAACGUCGUCACCUCCGCAGCCUAUCUCCUCUUCUAUCGCCGCCGUUCAGAUCGCCCUUUAGGCCCUCCCUAUCUCCAAAAGAUUGUCGAACAAUUCCGGAAUCCCGACUCUGAUGACUCCGUUGACGGCGAGUCAGAUGGUGCAGACGACCAACGCAACCCCUCCGCCUCGUUGGCGGGAAACGGCUCGCGCCUCGGCGACUCGUCCCGCAAUGGGUCGUCGAGCGCUUUAGGAGCCGGAGCGGGAGCCCUGCGCGCAGCUGGUUCAACUUCAGCCGGGAACCUUCUGCUGAACGGAGCAGGAGUCGGGACAGUGGACGCUGAUGAAGAGAUGCUGGAAGGUCAAGAGCUGCCGCCGCCGUAUGAUGAGGGGUAUGCCGGUGGCGACGAUGACGAUGACGACAACAACUUCCAAGGUGUUUCUGUCGACGGAGGGGGAUAUGGCCCCCUGGUUGGGGGAUAUUAUCCCGGCGCUCAGUGGGAUUUUAGCAAUGUCCCUGCCGAGAAUCAGUCCAACGAUGCCGACGACGAUGAUGAUCGCUCCGAUAUGGUGAACCUCGGCGAAGAUGACGGCGAUUGCCGCAUGCUGGAGGAUUUUGGCGAUGAGCUGGAUAUGGAUGGGGGCUUGGCACCGGGAAUGAGCACGCCGUUGGAGGAACAGGUUCCCCCGCCGUAUCUGGACGACGGGGAUGACGAGGGGGAGGUGGCGAAUGUGGUUUUGGGCCCCGAGGAAGAUGCGACUGGGGUGAGCGUAGGGAGGAGUGAGAACGGGAAGCUGGAUUAG